GGAUGGCAGAUUCAGUUAAUCUUUCCCCAUUCCUUUCUCCAAAAGAAAUCAGAUUCCACCGCAUAAAAUGAGAAGUGGUCUGGUGAGGCUUUUUUUCUCUUCACACGGCUCCACAUCCCGGUCCAGUUUAGGAUGCCGCUGUCCCGGUCCUUGUCCAUGACGUCCCUGAGUGGACUACUAUCCCAGUGGGAGGAGGACGAGCUGCCUGUGGAGGACCUUCUGCUCUUUGAGGUGUCCUGGGAGGUCACAAAUAAAGUUGGAGGAAUCUACACAGUGAUCCAGACCAAGGCCAAGAUCACAGUGGAUGAAUGGGGGGAGAACUACUACAUGAUGGGGCCAUACUUUGAACACAACUUCAAGACCCAGGUUGAGGGUUGUGAGCCACCAAACCCAGCCAUCAGGAAGGCCAUGGACGCCCUCAUCAACAAUGGCUGCCAGGUUCAUUUUGGCCGUUGGCUGAUUGAGGGCAGCCCUUAUGUGGUCCUGUUUGACAUCGGCUCUGCAGCCUGGAACCUGGACCGGUGGAAGGGUGACCUGUGGCAGACCUCUCAUAUCGGCCUGCCCUACCAUGACCGAGAGGCCAACGACUCACUCAUACUCGGGUCCCUGAUUGCAUGGUUCUUCAAAGAGUUAACAGACCAGCUUGGAGAUAAACCCAGUGUGAUUGGUCAUUUCCAUGAGUGGCAGGCUGGACCAGGGCUCAUUCUCUCCCGUUCUCGCAAGAUUCCCAUUGCAACAGUCUUCACCACUCAUGCUACACUGCUGGGACGAUACCUCUGUGCUGGGAAUGCUGACUUUUACAACAACCUGGACAAGUUCAACGUUGACAAGGAGGCAGGAGAGAGACAGAUCUACCAUCGCUACUGCCUGGAGAGAGCAGCGGUCCACUGUUCUCAUGUGUUCACCACGGUCUCUCAGAUCACAGCUGUGGAGGCCAACCACAUGUUACACAGGAGGCCAGACGUGGUGACCCCGAACGGACUGAAUGUGAAGAAGUUCUCGGCCAUGCAUGAGUUUCAGAACCUGCACUCCACCAGCAAGAUGCGCAUCCAGGAGUUUGUCCGAGGACACUUCUAUGGUCACCUGGACUUCAAUCUAGAGAAAACCCUUUUCUUCUUCAUUGCUGGACGUUAUGAGUUCUCCAACAAAGGCGCUGAUAUUUUCCUGGAAUCCCUGUCCAGACUCAACUACCUGCUGAGGGUCCACAAAGAUGAUGUGACGGUGGUAGUUUUCUUCAUCAUGCCUGCCAAAACCAACAACUUCAAUGUGGAGUCUCUGAAGGGUCAGGCAGUUCGCAAACAGCUCUGGGAUACAGCUCACACUGUGAAGGAGAAGUUUGGAAAAAAGCUCUACGAUGCUUUACUGAAAGGACAGAUCCCAGAUAUGAACACUAUUCUGGACAGAGACGACUUCACCAUCAUGAAGAGAGCCAUCUUUGCCACUCAGAGACAUAGCCUUCCUCCAGUGACCACCCACAACAUGUUGGAUGACUCCACAGAUCCCAUUCUGAGCAACGUGAGACGCAUUAACCUGUUCAACUCUAGGACUGACCGUGUAAAGAUUAUCUUCCACCCUGAGUUCCUUUCCUCCACCAGUCCUCUGCUUCCCAUGGACUACGAAGACUUUGUCCGUGGCUGUAACCUUGGAGUCUUCCCGUCCUACUAUGAACCAUGGGGAUAUACGCCUGGUGAGUGUACUGUGAUGGGUAUACCCAGCGUGACAACCAAUCUGUCAGGGUUUGGAUGCUUCAUGGAGGAGCACGUAUCAGACCCUACUGCCUACGGUAUUUACAUUGUGGAUCGGCGGUUCCGCUCGGCAGACGAGUCGUGUAACCAGCUGACCCAGUUCAUGUUCAGCUUCUGCCAACAAUCUCGACGCCAGCGUAUCAUCCAGCGUAACCGGACCGAGAGGCUGUCCGACCUACUAGACUGGAGAUACCUGGGACGGUACUAUGUACAUUCCCGCCACCUCGCACUGAGCCGAGCUUUUCCAGACAAGUUCAAAGUGGAUCCCAUGGCUCCUCUGAAGACUGAUGGAUUCCGGUUUCCCAGACCUUACUCGGUGCCUCCUUCUCCAUCCGCCUCCAUCCAUUCCACCCCUCAUCAUAGUGAUGUGGAGGAUGAUGAAGACUAUGACGAAGAUGAGGAGGCUGAGAAAGACCGGCUAAACAUUAAGUCCCCUUUUGUCCUUGGAUCUGUGGGAAACAAUGAGAAUCCAGGACAGUCGGGGGAUUCCCAUUAGAAGCCGUAGACCGGACACAGGGUCAGAGAGGGGUUCAGUUGGGUGUGUCCACAAAUGAUCACCACAAAUACACCCACCAAAGCUGAAAAACACUCAGUUAUCACUGUCAUCACAAAUGUGUUUAAACAUCUACUGUCACACAAAGUCACAUUAAAGCUUUUACAAAAUCAAAUGAACACAGGCCUCUGGAAGUCAGUGCAUUUAACAGAAGGUCAGAAUGUGAUGAGAAAAGUCCAUGAACCCGAGGUCCUUGGUACCAGUUACUUCCAACAAACAGAGGCCUGUUGGUGUUGGUCUGCGGUCACUGAGCUACACAAAAAAUUAAACAUCCAUGUGA